AUGUUAACAAUUACUAAAUUAUUAUAUAAAAAAAAAAUAAAAUCAUUUAAAAAAAUUAAAAAAUAUAAUAAUUUUUUAUUAAAUAGUCCUCAAAAAAAAGGUAUUGUAUUAAAAAUUUUAAUUAAAACUCCUAAAAAACCAAAUUCAGCUUUAAGAAAAGUUGCUAAAAUAAAAUUAUCUAAUAAUAAAGAGUUAUUGGCUUAUAUACCUGGAGAAGGUAAAUCUGUUCAAGAGCAUAAUUUUGUUUUAAUUAAAGGGGGUAGAGUUAAAGAUUUACCUGGAAUUAGAUAUAAAGUUAUAAGAGGAGCAUUAGAUGCUAUAGGAGUAAAAAAUAGAAAAACAUCAAGAUCUAAAUAUGGAACUAAAAAAAUUUAA